CGGGGCCGAGCUGCGGCUGCGGCAGCAGCACCGCGGGGACGCGGCGGCCGCGGGGACACGGCCAGGCUCCGGGGACACGGCCCGGCUGAGGGCAAGGGGGUUUGCUACAGCCACACCGGGAGGUGCCGGGAUAAAGGCGGAUCUCAGCCCCGGUGCCCAGCGUCACCCGCUGUUCUCCGCCCGCCCGGGCGCCGCUGUGGGGAUGGAGGAGGGACGGCGGCGGGCGCAGCGCUGGGCUUGUGGCUCUGGGGAUCCUCGGCUCUGCCUUGGCGCUGAGGUGUGCUGACCAUGCUGCCGCUGAUCCCGCCCGUCUCCGAGACCCCUCUGGAGGAGCAGUUUUAGGGUUUGCUCUGCAGAUCCAUGGACCUGGACCCCCAUGCCAGCAUGCAGGUGGGGAUGAGGGUAGUCCGUGGAGUGGACUGGAAGUGGGGCAGCCAGGACAGCGGCGAGGGCAACGUGGGCACCGUGGUGGAGAUCGGCCGCACGGGCAGCCCCACCACGCCCGACAAGACCGUGGUGGUGCAGUGGGAUCAGGGCAACAGAACCAACUACCGCACGGGCUUCCAGGGGGCCUACGACCUGCUGCUCUAUGACAACGCCCAGAUAGGUGUCCGUCACCCCAACAUCAUCUGUGACUGCUGCAAGAAGCACGGCAUCCGAGGCAUGAGGUGGAAAUGCAAAAUGUGCUUUGACUACGACCUGUGCACCCAGUGCUACAUGAACAACAAGCACGACCUGUCCCACUCCUUCGAGCGCUACGAGACCGCUCAUUCCCAGCCGGUCCUCGUGAGCCCUCGCCAGAAUCUGACUCGCAUCACGUUAAAAGGGACUUUCCAGGGGGCUAAAGUGGUCCGUGGGCCUGACUGGGAGUGGGGUAACCAGGAUGGGGGUGAGGGUAAGACCGGCCGCGUGGUCGAUAUCCGCGGCUGGGACGUGGAGACCGGCCGCAGCGUCGCCAGCGUCACCUGGGCAGAUGGCACCACCAACGUCUACAGGGUGGGCCACAAGGGAAAAGUGGACCUCAAAUGUACUGUGGAGGCUUCUGGGGGCUUCUACUACAAGGAGCACCUCCCAAAAUUAGGGAAACCAGCUGAGCUGCAGAGGAAGGAGAGCACUGACAGGCAUCCCUUCCAGCACGGGGACAAGGUGAAGUGCCUGCUGGACAUCGACAUCCUGCGGGAGAUGCAGGAGGGCCACGGGGGCUGGAAUCCCAAAAUGGCUGAGUUCAUUGGGCAGACAGGGACCGUGCACAGGAUCACGGACAGAGGGGACGUGAGGGUCCAGUUCAACCCUGAGACCCGCUGGACUUUCCACCCUGGAGCCCUGACCAAGCUCAACACCUUUUGGGUUGGUGAUGUGGUCCGGGUGAUAGAUGAUAUGGAAACAGUGAAGCGGUUCCAACCUGGUCAUGGGGAGUGGACAGAUGAGAUGGCACCUACCCUGGGGCACAUUGGGAAGGUGAUCAAGGUCUAUGGGGAUGGAGAUCUGCGAGUGUCAGUGGGGGGACAGUCCUGGACCUUCAACCCUGCCUGCCUGACAGCCUACCAGAGGGAGGAGGAGGCCAACCUGAUGACCACAGACAGUGCCAAGGAGUCCAAAAGUACUUUGGUGACUGUCCUGGAGAAGCUGCUGUCCCAGAGGACAGAGUCAGAGCAUGCAGGGUGCCUGGUCAUUUGUGCAGCCCUCAACAACGCAGCUAAAAUCCGGGAGCUCCUCCAGAAAUACCCAGACAAGGUGGAUGCCAAGAACCAGGGCAGGACUGCCCUGCAGAUUGCCUCUUACCAGGGGCACCUGGAGGUGGUGAAGGCUCUGCUGCAGGCACACGCCAACGUCGACCUGCGUGACGACGAGGGGGACACGGCGCUGCACUACGCAGCCUUUGGAAACCAAGCUGAAGUUGCCCGUGUGCUGCUGGCCAAGGGGGCCAGUGCAGACCUGCUGAACAAUGCCAAGUGCACAGCCCUGUACGUCGCUGUCAGCCAAGGCUUCACCGAGGUGGUGAGAGCCCUCUGUGAGCUCAACUGUGAUGUCAACCUCCCAGAUUCCCGGGGAGACACCCCCCUGCACUAUGCUAUCACCAUGGACUACAAAGUCGUGAUUGAGAUUCUCACUGAAGUUCCCAACAUCGAUUUCACUGUCCAGAACUGUCAAGGCUUCAACCUGCUCCACUAUUCUGCCCUGAAAGGCAACAAGCUAGCCAUAAAAAAGAUUCUGGCCAGGGCUCGACAGCUGGUGGACUCCAAAAAGGAAGAUGGAUUCACUGCCCUGCACCUUGCUGCUCUCAACAACCACUUGGAAGUGGCUGAAAUUCUCAUCAAAGAGGGUCGCUGCGACGUGAACGUGAAGAACAGCAGGAAGCAGAGCCCGCUGCACCUGGCCGUGAUCCAGGGCCACGUGGGCAUGCUGCAGCUGCUGGUGAGCCAGGGCAGCGACGUCAAUGCUGAGGAUGAGGAUGGUGACACCGCCAUGCACAUCGCCCUGGAGCGCCAGCAGCUCAUGGCCCUGGCCCUGGAGAAGAGGGACGGGGACAUGGGAGCCACCCUCCUGGCCAAGCUGCAGGCUUCUGGCUUGCUGGGAAAUGUGGAGCUGAACGUUGGGACUGCCAUUGCCUGCUACUUAGCACAAGAAGGAGCAGAUAUUAAUUAUGCAAAUCAUCGGGGAAAGUCUCCUUUGGACCUCAUCACAGAUGGAAGGAUUGUCCAGAUUGUCAAAGACUUCUCACAGAAAUUCAGGGACCAGCAGGUUUCUUCUGAGAGCUCAAGCAUCACCUGCAGCCUUCGCCGUGUGCACACCACGCCCAACACCAUGACCAACCUCAGUGUGUCCAGCGUGGCAGUGCCCACAGAGUGCCUGGUCUGCUCAGAGCUGGCCUUGCUCAUCCAUUUCUUCCCAUGCCAGCACAGUAUUGUGUGUGAAGAAUGCUCCAGGAGGAUGAAGAAGUGCAUCAAAUGUCAAGUGACAAUAACCAAAAAGCUGAAACAAGACAGCACGGAGGUGGAGUGCAGCCCCAGCUCGGAGUGCACGGAGCAGAGGAAGCUGAUGGAGGAGCUGCAGAGCCGCUACCGGCAGAUGGAGGAGAGGAUCACCUGCCCCAUCUGCAUCGACGACCAGAUCAAGCUGGUGUUCCAGUGCGGGCACGGCUCGUGCCCAGACUGCAGCACGGCGCUGACCGUGUGCCCCAUCUGCCGCCAGGCCAUCCGCGAGAGGAUCCACAUCUUCGUCUGAGGGUGCUCCUCCACCCCCAUCUGCCUCCAGCACAUCCAGGACAGGAUCCACAGCUUCCUCUGAGGGUGCUCCUCCUCCCUGUGCCCCAUCUGCCCGGGAGAGGAUCCACAGCUUCGUCUGAGGGUGCUCCUCCACCCCCAUCUGCCUCCAGCACAUCCAGGACAGGAUCCACAGCUUCCUCUGAGGGUGCUCCUCCUCCCUGUGCCCCAUCUGCCCGAGAGAGGAUUCACAGCUUCCUCUGAGGGUGCUCCUCCACCCCCAUCUGCCUCCAGCACAUCCAGGACAGGAUCCACAGCUUCCUCUGAGGGUGCUCCUCCACCCCCAUCUGCCGCCAGGCCAGCCGAGGGAGGAUCCACAUCUUGGCUGAGGAUGCUCCUCCUCCCUGUGUCCCAUCUGCCCACAGAGGAUCCACAUCUUCUCUGAGGGUGCUCCUCCACCCCCAUCUGCCUCCAGGCCAUCUUGCAAGAGGAUCCACAUCUUCAGCUGAGGAUGUUCCUCCACCCCCAUCUGUCUCCAGGCCAUCCAGGAGAGGAUCCACAGCUUCCUCUGAGGGUGCUCCUCCUCCCUGUGCCCCAUCUGCCUCCAGGCCAUCUUGCAAGAGGAUCCACAUCUUCAGCUGAGGAUGUUCCUCCACCCCCAUCUGUCUCCAGGCCAUCCAGGAGAGGAUCCACAGCUUCCUCUGAGGAUGCUGCUCCUCCCCUGCCCUGACUGAGUCCCAUCUGCCUGGGAGAGGAUCCACAUCUUCCUCUGAGGAUGCUCCUCCCUGGCCCUGACCCCAUCUGCUGCCAGGCCAUCCAGAAGAGGAUCCACAUCUUCGAGGAUCCACAUCUUCAUGUGAAGAUGCUGCUCCACCCCCAUCUGCCUCCAGACCAUCCAGGAGAGGAUCCAUGCUGCUCUUCCCCGUGCCCUGUCUGCCCAGGAGAGGAUCCAUAUCUUCCUCUGAGGAUGCUGCUCCUCCCUGUGCCCCAUCUGCCCGGGAGAGGAUCCACAUCUUGGCUGAGGAUGCUGCUCCUCCCCGGCCCCAACCCUGCUGUGCUUCCUCCCUCCGCAGGGGUUUGGCUCCCUGGGAAAAGGAGGGAAGCACAGGAGGGAUGUGCCAGGGGAGGAGGAAGAGGAGGAGGAGGAGGAGUCCCCUCUGGGGUGUCCCAGGGAAGGGACAGCCCCUCCCUCACCUGUGCUGCUCAUCCAGAACCACCACUGGACUGACCAUGCUUCAGAGCUGGGCUGGGCAGAUCCUGGGGUGUUCCAGAGCUGAGCAGAUCCUGGAAUGUUCCAGAGCUGAGCAGAUCCUGGCAUGUUCCAGAGCUGGGCAGAUCCUGGGGUGUUCCAGAGCUGAGCAGAUCCUGGGGUGUUCCAGAGCUGAGCAGAUCCUGGGAUGCUCCAGAGCUGAACAGAUCCUGGAAUGUUCCAGAGCUGAGCAGAUCCUGGCAUGUUCCAGAGCUGAGCAGAUCCUGGGGUGUUCCAGAGCUGAGCAGAUCCUGGAAUGUUCCAGAGAUGAAUGGAUCCUGGAAUGUUCCAGAGAUGAACAGAUCCUGGGGUGUUCCAGACCUGAGCAGAUCCUGGGAUGCUCCAGAGCUGAACAGAUCCUGGCAUGUUCCAGAGCUGAACAGAUCCCGGGAUGUUCCAGAGCUGAGCAGAUCCUGGCAUGUUCCAGAGCUGGGCUGGGCAGAUCCUGGGAUGUUCCAGAGCUGAGCAGAUCCCGGGAUGCUCCAGAGCUGGGCUGAGCAGAUCCUGGAAUGUUCCAGAGCUGAGCAGAUCCCGGGAUGCUCCAGAGCUGGGCUGGGCAGAUCCUGGGGUGUUCCAGAGGCAUCCAGGAGAGCUCCCAGCUCCCGAGGAGGUCCAGGACCAGCUGUGCCAGGUGCCAGGGACAGCCAGGGACAGGGAGGGAUGUCCCCAAGCCCCUGUGCACCCUGGGGCUCAGCAGCCCAGCUGGAUGUCAGGAGUCCUAAAGACAGAGCGUGUGCCUUAGAGAAAAAGUAGUGAACACUGAUUGGAGAAAAUCUGUUAAAACAAAUAUUUCUGACCUCUAAGUGACACUCUUCUUCUUCUUCCAUAUUUUAUUUUAUUUUUUUGGCAGAGCCGUGUGUUCAGAGACUCCUGAGCUUUCUAUCCAUAAUGCCAAAGGCAGGUGUUAAAUACUCCAAUCAAAGUGUAAAGAAAAUAAAUAGUAAUAAUUAAGAUACGAGGGGGAGGAG